AUGCCAUCCUCGCAUGCUCGGCAACCAAGCGCAGACAGCACCUACUCCUGCACAAGCAGCUCCAGCUCGAGCGCAGGGCCCGACGAGGGGGCAAGCCCCUCUGUCAAAAUGCCUUCGCAGGGCACUGCUAGCCCCCCCCGACUGCUUCUCGACCUUUUCUCCGGUAGCACCGCACCGCUCAGCGCAGCAGCUCGAGCUCUGGGCCUCGACUGCGUCGAGCCGAUCGACGCCCGAAUCAACGCAAAGCACAACAUCUUGCAAGAUGACUUCUUUCGCGUAAUGCAACGCCUCUGCUGGUCGGGUUUAAUAGGGUUUAUAUGGUCAGCACCGCCCUGCGCAGAAUUCUCACGCCUCAAACUACUGCCAGGAGGGCCCAAGCCACUCCGAACACCUGAGCACAUGGACGGUGUCCCGAACCUCACCUCAGCAGAACAGCGACGCGUCAACGACAGCACGGAGAUCCACCAGCGCAGCAGGACCCUCCUGCGCGCCAGCUUCGCCAAAGGCUCCGCAGGAGGUUUCGAACAACCCCCGAACGCCAUGUCCUGGCUGCAACCAGACAACGUGCACCUCCUUAAAGAAAUCGGGGCCACAUGUGCACACGUUGCGGCCUGUGCACACGACCUGGACGUGCACAAAUCCUGGGCCUUCUGCGGCACUAACAAAGAACUGGCGAACCUUCAGAGCACAUGCCAGCACGGGGAAGGAGCACACACGCGCCUGCAAAACAAGCGCACCGCAACAGGUGAGUUCAUGAGCUCGCAAUGCGCUGCAUAUCCCCCUUCGUUGGCUGCGCAGCUUGCCUCCAUCGCAGCCUUGUCAGUAACACAAAAGCUGGGCUCGACAAUUGGCAUCCAACAAGCGCUCUCACUCCUGCCAUCGGAGUUUUCUCCGAUCCCACGCCCGAUUGUCUGUGAUGGUUCUGGCAAUAGCAGCACAGCCGACCAAUGCCUGCCUCAGCAGUCGACCUGCCUGAAGCAACUCAGGGAGGCCUUCCUCGCGUUCAUCGCAGACCACGACCUGGCAACCCGUAUCCGCAAACACUUGGAGGCAGCAAAAGAUGAGCACCCCCUGAGCCAGGAAGAGCAGCUGCAACUUGCAGCAAUCGCUCAUGCCAUCAUCCAUCCCAACUGCACAGACGCCAACUGCCUCAGCAUCCGCGAAGAUCAACCCUUUCGCCUUCACCUGCUUCAGGCACUGGCAUCGCGCACCGCAGACCCUGAUGAGAAACUUGUCGAAAUUCUCAUCGAAGGGGUGCCAACGGGUGCAUUCGAACCGCUCCCCGCAAGCGGACAGUGGAUCGCAAACCACUUCAGCACAGCAACGCAUUUUGACGAACCACUGCAGCUACUGCACUGCUCGGGCAAUUGGACGCGAGCCGAAAAUAACCCAGACAUAUUGCAAGAACUAAUAAAUAAGGAACUGCAAGGCAACUACAUUGAGGAAUUCCUCGGCAAUGAGGAAGACGCAAAGAAGCGCUGGCCUAAAGGCACGGCUAUAGGGAAGCUAAAUGUAGUUUUAGCUGAAGGACGCGACCCGCGUAUGGUGCUUGACAGCACCAUAUGCAAUCUGAACCCGCGCUGCACGCUGCCAGAACGCAUGCAAAUGCCUACUGUCUGCGACGUGCAGCUCACGUAUGCACCGCACGAUCCGCCGGGUUUCUGGCACGGCCUAUCGCUUGACUUCAAAGCAGCGCAUAAAGCCUGCGUUGUCAGGGAAGAUGAGCGCGGCACUCUUCUUUUCAGGCAUAAAGAUAAACUUUAUUUCUAUAAAGUGUGCCAUUUCGGAGCACGUUUCAGCAGCUAUUGGUGGCAGCGCCUCGGCUCCGUAUUGCACCGCAUAAUGCACCACCUCAUUAGCCACAGGCCGCACCGCAGCUUCCUGUAUGUCGAUGACAUAUUCGCAAUGUUGGCGGCACAGCACAGCACAGAGCUCACUUGCCUGAUCAUAUGCUUCCUAGCCGCGGUCAACGCCCCCAUCAGUUGGAAAAAAGCACAGAUCGGGCACUGCAUCACUUGGUGCGGUUGGUCCUUCGAUCUCUUGACCGACACCGUGCAACUCGUGCAGACCAAAAUCUGCAAACUCCUAGAGCAGCUUGCAGCGCUGCGCCGCACCCCGAAAGUGCAUCGCAGGGCCCUGGAGGCCGUGCUAGGCCUUCUUACAUGGGCAACCACCAUGUCGCCUCAGCUCCGCCCGUUUCUUGCACCGUUAUACAACGACCUGCACAGUGCCAAGGGCACCCUGCACAGCAUACCAGCAUCGCAAUGGACGCAUUUUUACCAAUCGCUAGACGAUCGGGCGUGCGUGCAGCACACAGCAGGCAUGUGGCUGCCAAAACAAGCCAAACUCCUGGAAGUUGGCAACAUCAAGAUUGAAAGCAAGGCAGAUGUCCCACGAGUCCCCAAGAGCUCCCAACGCACUUGGGUCCGACUCGCAGAUCCACACAGGCAUGAGGUGCAUCUAAAAAGGCAAAGCCGCGAUGCACUACUUUGGCUAGAACAAGUGUUCAAGCACAGCAACCGCGUCCCUCUUCAGCUACCAGCCAUGCUUCAAUGCCUUAGCGCUGCAGACGCAAUGGCAAAAGGCACCAAGGUCGGCAUAGGCGGAUGGAUCUGCACCAGCUCGGGCUUCGCAUGGUUCAGCGAAAUUUUCUGCAUGACUGAAGUACGGGCCAUAUGGCCACAACUGAAAGAUGACGCGCAGCUCUACAUAGCCUGUUUCGAAGUGCUUGCACAAUUGGCGCUGCUGCAGCUCGCCUGGCAGCGCAUGCGCGGGCACCGCAUGCAAUUCAUCCUGCCUACUGGCUGCGACAACACCGCAGCAGAAAGCGGUAUAAAUAAGCUUUUCAGCACUGCAGAACCAUUAAGCACCUUCCUGCGCAUGGUGGCGGACUGGGCACACCGCCACAACGUGCAAUUGGCAGUCUCCCAUCUUGCAGGGGAAAAGAACACCUGGGCAGACGAGCUCAGCCGGGAUAAACUGCACCGAUUUAUCCAUCGCAACGCCGAACGGGUGCGGAUGCCCCUGGCAUUUUUAGCAGAAAACUGCCAAUGCAUUUCGCUCCACCCGCCGGAUGCACACUGGCCCAACUCCUUGUUGGCAGCAUCCAGCUAG